AUGAGAAGCAGAAUAGUUGAAAAAAAGAAGUUCCAGAAGUUGUACAGAAACUUUAAACAAGUUUCCAUUCCAAUUUCCCAUCAGCCAUCUCUCACUUCCUUUCUUGAUCUCCAUCUUGUUGAAAGUUUUGUGCUUAUCAUUUUUCAGAACUCUACACUUCAUGUGGAUUGAAGGAGGCAUCAGAUAGGGUUCUUCUUUUUCUUUCUGCUUUUCUUUUAAAUCAAGAAAUUUGAAGCUGAAUUUAUGGAUAUCAACCCUCAAAAACUCACAGCAUGGGAACCCUCCAUGCCUGUGGAAAAUCAUAUGGCACAUCAUGAUCACAUUUUCUUUGAGACUCUUUGGCCUAACUAUGUCUUUGAAAACCAUCAAAUCCCUUCUUCGUCAAGCCAACAUAUAUCAACUUCAGCUAUUCUCAGCAGCGGUCAGAUUGACCAUCAUCAUCAUGAUCAUCCUCAUCAGCAGAUGGAAGAAGAUCAAGCAGAAGAAGAUCCUGAGGAAGAACUAGGAGCCAUGAAAGAAAUGAUGUUCAAGAUUGCAGCUAUGCAACCGGUGGAUAUUGAUCCAGCAACCAUUCGGAAGCCUAAAAGGCGAAAUGUGCGCAUUAGUGAUGAUCCCCAAAGUGUUGCAGCAAGGCAUCGCCGCGAGAGAAUCAGUGAAAAAAUUCGAAUUCUACAAAGACUCGUCCCUGGGGGAACAAAAAUGGACACUGCAUCCAUGUUAGAUGAAGCCAUUCGCUAUGUUAAGUUCUUGAAGCGACAAAUCCGCCUACUCCAAGCUAAUAAUCCCCCACCCAUCGGAGUUCCGGCAUGUCCACCUCUUCGAACUUGGUCAAACAACGGUCUUGACCCUGUCACUGCUCCCACCGCUACCCCAAUCUCCCCCAUUGUAGGGUGCAAUGGAAAUGGUGAUCCUAUGAGCUUCAACAAUGAGGUAAACUCCAUCAAUACUUUGACUUCAUAUGUUGCAAGAAGCAGUGAAUUUACUUCCACAGAGUGGAAAGUUAAACAUAUCUGUUAACAAUUUGAUUAUAACAAAUUACUAUGUCGUACAUUUUUCUUUUUGGG